AUAGUCUUUUUAUGGAUGCUGGGGUCUUAAUGAAGCUUGCUUGGUCGCAAAGGGGUGGGAAAUAGCGACCAUAGCACGCUCAGAAAGUCCGCAGUCGCACGCGAAACGAUGGCAACACAAAUGACCACGUCGCAAUUAUCACACGCAGUACAUAGACCAACAUGCCCGACCUUACGUCAAGCACCCCUGCUUCGGCGAUGCAUGACAAGCAUCGUGGGCGGCCGGCGUCGGCAGAGCGCACUUAGCAGCGAUCUGUUGUGCGCUUUUCACACGAAGCAGCAGCUUCUUAGCAGCCGGAGCCCAUGCCCGCGGAGAGGUGGCCAGGCGGAGCUGCCGUGUGGUGGGGUGGUCCCAGCGCCAACCCCACACGCCGGCGACAGCCCGCAGCAAGCACGAGCAAGGGUCUGCCAAGCAGCCUACGCCGCAAACGCCGGGCAACCCGGCGCCGCGCCGCUGCGGCCGGGCUGGCUGGGGGCCCUUCAGCGGUUCUGGUAUUAUUACAAGGAGAUCAUUCAGCGCGCGGCUCUGACGCUGGGUCUGUUGGUGGUGAUCCGCUGCGGCUCCUUCAUACCGGUGCCGGGAGUGGACCUGGCGGCGGUGCCGGCGGCAGCAGCCACCACCGCGGGCGAGCGGCUGAUCAAGGCGCUGUACGGGCAGGCGCAGGACAUCCCCGCCUCCCUGUUUGACCUGGGCAUCAGCCCCUUCGUCAACGCCUCCAUCGUCAUGGCCAUCACACUGGUGCUUCCGCAGGAGGUGUCCACGCUGCCCGGCAUGGGCUGGUUGGGCCGGCUGCGGGACGCGCGCAAGGAGGGCCGCACCGGCGAGGCCACCAUCAACAGCGCCUCGCACACACUGGCGCUGGGGUUCGCGGUGUACGCGGCUCUGGUCCGCGCCCUGGAGCUGGAGCCGUGCGCGCUGGCGGGCGCCGGCGGCCUGUUCGGGUUCGUGCCGCUGACCAUGCUGGCGCUGGUCGCCGGCAGCUGCUGCAUCCACAUGUGCGCCUCCACCAUCACCGCCUUCGGACUGGGCAACGGGUCCAGUCUGGUCAUCUGCGCCGGCAUCAUCACCGAGUACGCCAACACGCUGCACACGGUGUUGGCGGCGCUGGACACUGCACUGCUGGCGCCGGGGCGACUGCUGGCGGUGCUGGGGGGAUACCUGGCUCUGGUGCUGGGCUGUGUGUGGCUGGCCACCAGUGAGCUGCGGCUGCCGGUGGUGCAGUACGCCGCCAGUGCGCCGCCGCCGCCCGACACCGCCAAGAGCCCGGGCGGGGGAGGCCUGCAAGAGCUGAUUGCCCAGGCCCGGCUGUUGGGGCAGCGCAAGAGCGCGGAGCGCGCCGCCCUCAGCUCCCGCGGCGGCGCCGCCGCCAGCGCCGCCACUGGCGGCCCCGGCGGCGCGGUGGGCUCGGCGGCUGGCGGCGUGGGUGCUGGCUCCGGCGGCGCGGUGGCGUCGGGCGUGUCGCCCUCCUCCGAGUACUUCCCGCUGCAGCUCAACUCGUCAGGCAUGAUGUCCAUCGUGCUGGCGGGCGCUGCCUACUUUGGCUUCCUGCCCAAACUGAUGGAGAUGACCACAGGCGACCCAGCCAUAGCGGCGGCGGUGGCGGCGGCGCAGCUCACGCCGCUGGGGCUGGCGGGCUACGGCCUGACGGUGUUUGCGCUGGAGUUCCUGCCGCUGGGCGGAGUCAACCCCAAGGAGAUGGCAGAGUACUUCAACACGAUGAAUGUGGGCCUUCGCGGCGUCAUCCCCGGCGAGCCCACGGAGCGCGAGCUGCGCACCAAGCUGCUGCAGUGCAAGUUCUGGGGCGGCGCCUGCCUGUGCGUGCUGGCGGUGGCGGCGCAGCUGUACGACAUGGCGUGUGUGCAGGCCCUGGGCACCAGCCUGGGCACCACCAGUCUGCUCAUCAUCGUGGGCGCGGUGCUGCAGACGGCGCGACAGGUGGAGGGGCUGCUGGAGGGGCCCAAGCUGCAGCGCAAAUUGGACCAGGAGCGGGCGGCCAUCCAGUCGCUGUCGCUGCUGUGAGGACCUAGCUGUGAGGGGCUGGGCGGGACUGGGCGGGGGGAGGGGCUGUGGGGCAACCGGGCCAGCGGCAAUGGGUUGCAGGAGCCCAUCGGCCAUGCCACAUGGCCCAUGGCCAGGAGCAGCAGCAGGAGCGGAGUUAUCAGAAGAGGGGGUUGAUGGAUGCUGAAAACUGUGCCAAAGCUGUGAACGGUGGGCGGAGGGCUGUUCGUGGAGCAACAGUGAAGUGCUGCAGCAGCCUGCGCGUGUUCUGAGACCAAAUCGAGAUGUGGCAAGACCUUGAAACUGUGACGUGAACUGAGGGGGAAGCAGAUGUUGAACAGGAGCUAGUCGUGGUACUGGGGGCGCCAUAAGGUCAGGACCGCUGGGCAUGAGUGUGCAUAAGUGUUGAGUGGACGAGGGUGAGAUGACCCGAGACGGCCUCAUCUGGGCGGGGUAAGUAAAUAUGGUUGUACGGGGAAGGCGGCAUGACCGCGCAAGCCUUGGGAUGCCAACCACAUUAUUGGAAAGCCAUGACCACUUGGUCGCUGGUCGUGUAAGCAUGACAGCAC